AUGACAGACCUAGAUGAUGACGCACCUCCUUCCUCCUUCCAAACCCAGGCCGAAGAUAACGAUCCUAGCGAGGAGACGCAAGAUUUCCGCUUCCUUGCAGCGCUUACUUCAAAAUCCGGUCAACUUCCCAAACGGGGCGAGAAAGACUUUGAACCGCAUGGUACGAAACACCAAGAUGGAGUUCUGGAAUCCAGCAGGCAGGCGAUGCAUGACGCGUUAUCGUACACGAGAUUUCAUAACCCGAAGAAUCAUAAUAGGGGGUUCUACUACGGAGAAGGAAGCUUGCAGAGAGAUGAGAUACUGGGAGAAGAAUGGAGGAAAGGCUUAGAUGAUGACCACGUCGUUGUUGUUGAAUCUGCGAGGGGUACACAUUUCAGGUCUAUGGGAGCCAUGAAUUUGGGUCAGAGGCAUGGAGCUUUAUGGCUCUUGCCAGAAGAGGCGCUCUACCUUGUGGAGAGAGGGAAUCUUGAUCUAUGGUGGCCUACGCGAUCAUCGUUCAAUGGCAUGAUUGAAGAAGAUGAGGAAGGUGUACCAAAGAAAACAAAUCACGAUGAUGCGAGCGAGGUUGAUGAAGGUGCUCCCAUGAGUCUGCAAGCAGCCUUUGCUCUGCUGCUUGGCAAUGAUACCGAGAAGGGCAAGGUCAGCCAGGAUAGGUACACGGUUUAUACCAAUCUCAAGAGGAAUGGGUAUGUCGUGUUGAGAGCACCAGAUUGGGACCCGACAAAGCCUGGCAAAGCACAUAGCUUUCAAGCUGUUGAGCCUUUGGAGUCGUCUCCAAGUAUCUUUAGUUGGCUCUUUGGAAGGCUAUUCUCCGAACCAGAGGUUGAGUAUUUACCAUAUGGGCCAUUAGUAAAGCCUGGGAUGUACAGAUCAUACAACUCGAUCUAUCGACAAAUUGCCGUUAUCCCACGUCACAAGCCAUUACCUACACCAGAGGACCCAGCAACCUCAUCACCCGUUGACGACCCAUAUCGUGUAAUCUUUCACUUAUGGAAACCAAUCAGAGUUCCCAAUUUCACAAAAAGCAAUCCGGGAGUUCCUGAUUUUCGCGUGGCAAUUGUCAACGCUCGCACGACUUUCGUUCCGUCGCUCAGUCAGGUCACGUCUUUGUUAGAGAGCACGCCUUGGGACCCACCAAAGCCAGGACAAGGCAUCAAAAACACGUACCAGAAAUUGAAGCACGGCUGGCGAAAUGUGGUUUUGGCAGUAAUUGACCAGGGUGUUAUCAGCUAUUUGCGGCUUGGGGAAACGGCAUUUGGGGAAGAACAAUUAUCUGAAAGGUUUGACCAAGGAAGCUUUCGAGGCAACAAGCGAGGUCGUGGCGGUGGACGAGGCAGAGGGCGUGGCCGUGGUGGAAGAGGAAGGGGUGGUGGAAGAUAG